AUGGCGAACCUACUGAAAACAGUGGUGACUGGCUGUUCAUGCCCUUUCCUCAGCAAUUUGGGGUCCUGUAAAGUUCUACCAGGGAAGAAGAAUUUUUUACGAACAUUUCAUACUCAUCGGAUACUGUGGUGUAAAGCCCCUGUAAAACCAGGAAUUCCAUAUAAGCAACUAACUGUUGGGGUCCCCAAAGAGAUUUUCCAAAAUGAGAAGCGAGUGGCAUUGUCUCCUGCUGGCGUUCAAGCCUUGGUCAAGCAGGGGUUUAACGUUGUUGUGGAAUCUGGUGCAGGCGAAGCUUCCAAGUUCUCAGAUGAUCACUACAGAGCAGCGGGUGCCCAGAUCCAAGGGACGAAGGAAGUGCUGGCUUCUGAUUUGGUGGUCAAAGUGCGAGCCCCUAUGCUUAACCCGACAUUAGGUAUUCAUGAGGCUGACCUUUUAAAGACAUCGGGAACACUGAUCAGUUUUAUUUACCCAGCCCAAAAUCCAGACUUGCUAAAUAAACUGUCCAAAAGGAAUACGACAGUUCUGGCGAUGGACCAGGUUCCAAGAGUCACAAUUGCUCAGGGAUAUGAUGCUCUAAGCUCCAUGGCCAACAUUGCUGGUUACAAGGCUGUUGUACUAGCAGCAAAUCAUUUUGGACGGUUUUUUACUGGUCAGAUCACAGCUGCUGGAAAAGUUCCUCCAGCUAAGAUUCUGAUAGUUGGUGGUGGUGUUGCUGGGCUGGCUUCUGCAGGUGCAGCCAAGUCCAUGGGUGCCAUUGUUCGGGGAUUUGACACAAGGGCCGCAGCUUUGGAGCAGUUUAAGUCUCUGGGUGCUGAGCCCUUGGAGGUGGAUUUGAAGGAAUCUGGUGAGGGACAAGGAGGAUACGCAAAGGAGAUGUCCAAAGAGUUCAUUGAGGCCGAAAUGAAGCUCUUUGCUCAGCAGUGUAAGGAGGUGGACAUCCUUAUCAGCACAGCUCUUAUUCCAGGUAAAAAAGCUCCCAUUUUGUUUAAUAAAGAAAUGAUCGAGUCCAUGAAGGAAGGUUCAGUUGUUGUGGAUUUAGCUGCUGAGGCUGGCGGAAACUUUGAAACCACCAAGCCAGGAGAACUGUAUGUUCAUAAGGGAAUUACUCACAUAGGCUACACAGACCUUCCCAGCCGAAUGGCCACUCAGGCCAGCACCCUGUAUUCCAACAACAUCACCAAGCUUCUGAAGGCCAUCAGCCCCGACAAAGAUAAUUUUUACUUUGAAGUGAAAGAUGAUUUUGACUUUGGUACAAUGGGUCACGUCAUUAGAGGGACUGUAGUGAUGAAGGAUGGCCAAGUGAUUUUCCCUGCUCCCACACCGAAAAAUAUUCCUCAAGGAGCCCCAGUAAAACAGAAGACAGUGGCAGAGCUGGAGGCUGAAAAAGCAGCUACUAUCACGCCCUUCAGGAAGACGAUGACAUCAGCUUCUGUCUAUACAGCAGGUCUCACUGGGAUACUAGGUUUGGGCAUCGCGGCUCCCAAUUUAGCCUUUUCCCAGAUGGUGACCACUUUCGGCUUGGCCGGCAUCGUGGGCUACCACACUGUCUGGGGAGUGACUCCUGCUCUCCACUCACCGCUGAUGUCUGUGACUAAUGCAAUCUCAGGGUUGACUGCAGUCGGUGGGCUGGUGCUGAUGGGAGGACACUUGUAUCCUUCCACAACUUCUCAGGGCCUUGCUGCUCUUGCUACAUUCAUAUCCUCAGUCAACAUUGCAGGUGGCUUUCUUGUGACUCAGAGAAUGCUGGACAUGUUCAAGCGUCCCACUGACCCUCCGGAGUAUAAUUACCUGUAUCUGCUCCCUGCUGGUACCUUUGUUGGAGGGUAUUUAGCCUCCCUCUACAGUGGUUAUAACAUUGAACAGAUUAUGUACUUGGGCUCCGGCCUUUGCUGUGUUGGUGCCCUGGCUGGGCUUUCCACCCAGGGGACUGCACGUCUUGGCAAUGCCUUGGGCAUGAUUGGGGUGGCCGGAGGCCUGGCAGCCACCCUUGGAGGCCUGAAGCCGUGUCCAGAAUUGUUAGCUCAGAUGUCUGGAGCGAUGGCUUUGGGCGGUACCAUUGGAUUGACAAUUGCGAAGCGCAUCCAGAUCUCUGAUUUACCUCAGUUGGUUGCUGCUUUCCACAGUUUAGUGGGAUUGGCAGCUGUGCUCACUUGCAUAGCUGAGUACAUUGUGGAAUAUCCACAUUUCGCUACGGAUGCAGCAGCCAACCUUACCAAGAUUGUGGCCUACCUCGGUACUUACAUCGGUGGGGUCACCUUCAGUGGGUCUCUCGUUGCCUACGGAAAGUUGCAGGGAAUCCUGAAGUCCGCCCCUCUCCUUCUCCCUGGGAGGCACCUCCUCAACGCGGGCCUGCUGGCCGCUAGCGUGGGUGGGAUCAUCCCCUUCAUGAUGGACCCCAGCUUCACCACUGGCAUCACCUGUCUGGGCUCUGUAUCAGCCCUCUCUGCUGUCAUGGGCGUGACUUUGACGGCUGCCAUUGGGGGUGCCGACAUGCCCGUGGUCAUCACUGUGCUCAACAGCUACUCUGGCUGGGCCCUGUGUGCGGAGGGCUUCCUGCUCAACAACAACCUGCUGACCAUCGUGGGUGCGCUUAUCGGCUCCUCCGGCGCGAUCCUGUCCUACAUCAUGUGUGUGGCAAUGAAUCGCUCCCUGGCUAAUGUGAUUCUUGGAGGCUAUGGUACCACUUCAACAGCUGGUGGAAAACCCAUGGAAAUUUCUGGCACGCAUACAGAAAUCAACCUUGACAAUGCAAUUGACAUGAUUCGAGAAGCUAAUAGCAUUAUUAUUACUCCAGGCUAUGGUCUCUGUGCAGCCAAAGCUCAGUACCCCAUUGCUGAUUUGGUGAAGAUGCUCUCUGAACAAGGCAAAAAAGUCAGGUUUGGAAUUCACCCAGUUGCAGGCCGGAUGCCUGGUCAGCUUAAUGUGCUGCUGGCUGAGGCUGGGGUGCCAUAUGAUAUUGUGUUGGAAAUGGAUGAGAUCAACCAUGAUUUCCCAGACACUGAUUUGGUCCUUGUAAUUGGAGCUAAUGACACUGUUAAUUCAGCGGCUCAAGAAGACCCCAACUCCAUCAUUGCAGGCAUGCCAGUCCUUGAAGUCUGGAAAUCAAAGCAGGUCAUUGUUAUGAAGAGGUCCUUAGGUGUUGGCUAUGCUGCAGUGGACAAUCCAAUCUUCUACAAACCUAACACAGCCAUGCUUCUAGGCGAUGCCAAGAAGACGUGUGAUGCCCUGCAGGCGAAAGUUAGAGAAUCCUACCAGAAGUAA